AUGCACGUGUCAUUGUCCAUCGCGAUUCUCUUGCUACACCUAAUCUCGGCUCGUCCGAUUCAUCCGGAAGUCGUGCAUCGAUCAGGCGCGUCAAAGAAAUGUUGCGUUGCCGGUUACGCGUUCAACGAGGACCUAGAGUGCGUCCAUGAAGAGCCAGACAAAUUCAAUUACACUACGCAUGAUGCCUGGCGAACGAUCGCCCAACAUCCACGGCAGAUCACCACGUUGAUAGCGUCCGUACGGGGCUUGAACUGCCGCGACAACGAAGAGGAUGACUCCAGUGAUUGGCGACAUCCGAUUCCAUCGGAUGACCUCCCUCGCAUCUAUUCCAUCUUCAGCACGCCGAGAGACUAUUGCAUUGAAAAUAUGAUCAACGGUACGACGGUGCUGAUCAAAUGCGCGGAGGCUGAUCAAAUGUCGGAAGUGACACAGGACAGAGACAAUUCGACGGAGACGACAGUGGUAAUGAAAACCACGACAACGACGACAACGACGACGACGAUGACGACGACGAUCAUUACCGUGACGACCAUCACCACCGUCACCACCGUCAACGUGACGAAUGUAUCGUCAAGGGAGGACGAAACGAAGGCCAUCCAUCACUGCAGCGAUCUGAGAAAUGUGUUUUUCUGGGGCACUCAGACUUACAUGGACACCAACGUGGCCCACGUAGUCCUCUCCACCAUUGUCGUCGUGGUAUACCUGUCCGUUCCGGAACUGGCUAGGAGUAUCUACAAUCGCGCGGUGCUCCGCCACAACGUCUGCUUGCUGCUGCAGGGGUGCUUGUUGACGUUUCUCGGCUACUGUAACUUGUGCGGCAUCCCGAUGAGCCACAACUUGGAAACAUUCCUGUGGAUACUAAUGCAGUACUUCACGAACGCCACGGUAUUUUGGCUGAACGUGAUCUGCUUCGACAUGGCCUUGUCCAUCACGCGGUUCCGUUGGAUGAUAAGCUCGGGUAAGCAGACGAAUCAAGAAGAGAACAGGCGACUCCGGUUAUACGGGGUUUUCGCGUGGGGCGGCGCCUUCCUACCCGCCGUCGUCGCCAUCAUCUUGGAAUUUUGCCCUGGCAUCUCGGAGGACUUCCCGCUUAAGCCGAAUUACCGCCGUUAUCACGACGGGCCGAACUACGUGGUGAACCUAUACUUCUUCGGCCUACCCAUGCUAACGCUCUUCCUGAACAAUGUGCUAUUUGUGUUCACCACGUACAAGAUUAUACGAAUACAGCAAAGUACAGAGAUAGCGACGAGGAAUCAGUCCAACGCCCUCAGGAAAAAGUACUUCCUCUUUUUGCAGCUGUACCUGCUGAUGGGCGCACCGUGGUUUUUCGGUUUGCUCUUCGCUUGCAUGAACAAGCUUAUGGUGAUGAAGAUAUGCCGGCUGAUAUGGCCGAUUCUGUGGCUUCUGAUGCUCGCUACCCACAAGAAACAACGACGGAGACUCGUCAACAAGUUGCGUUGCGGGCAAGAAGAAGCCUGAGAUUAUCGCAGUAACAAGCAAACCAAUGACUUUGCGCGAUUUAAAAUUGACUUGUACCGUCGAAAAAAUAUGCGCGUGACGGAUCCUUAGUCCUUAUCAACCGCAAAACCGCAGCGUAGAAAAUCAUGGGAUACUCCUUCUAUUGUCAUACAACGAUUACGUAAUAAUCGCGCGGCGACUAUAUAGUUCCUUCUGCUAGUUCGCGCAAAUUGCGCGCUCGCGGGCAUUUGCAUUAUUUUCUUGCGCAACCCGUUGAAAACCCCCGUCUCGAGGAAAAGAAGGAAUAAAAAAAUCAACGACGUUGCCGCCGCCGCCGCCGCCGCAAUAUCCGAUGCCGCGAACUGAGCGAUGAGUCGUAGAAAAACUCGGGUACGUGGCGUCGUCGCCGUCGUCGCGCGGUAGGAUAAUAAAGGAGUCGUGGCGCGACGUCGUUUCCUGCCGGGGCAUUUUAAUUACCGUAUUCGCGACGCGCCAUCAC